GAAGUUUAUAAGCAGGGACACAGCUGCCUUGCCAAAGUUAACAUUUCAUUUGGUAGUGUAGCCCAUAUCUCAUUGGUGACGGAGACACAGGCUGCUAAAAAUGGGAAAUAAACAGACAACAACGACUACAACCACAACGACUGUCCCAACAACUAUCGCGACAACAACAACGACUGUCCCAACAACUAUCCCGACAACCACAACAACUAUCCCGACAACCCCUCCUCCAACCACAGCCGACGCACAGAAUUACGGGUUAACCACAAUGGAUAAAGUAGUGAUUGGACUUUCCUGUGCAGCGUUGAUUAUCAUGCUGGCGACUGCGAUUGUAUAUUUCAUCAAGAGGAAGCGAAAAAAGAAAUUAAAUUCAGAAGAGGGACUGAUCCAAGACAGCAAUAGAAAGAGUUCUUUGAAACUGGAGGACAAUAUGUACGCAAAUAUUGAUUGUGUGACCCAGAAUCCAGACAACAAGCCAGAAGUGACCUACGCUGAAAUACAAACUAGUAAAAGACUGAAGCCAAAAUCUAUUCCAUCAGAAACCACAGAAUAUGCAGAAAUAGCAUUAAAUAAAUCCAAAGAAGCAACAUUUUAACCCUUUA